CUUGAGGCCGGAUCCUCGUCAAUCGCGCACGUUUCACGCCACUUUACGCGGCAUUCCGUACACAUCUUACUCAACAUUCUCGUGUGACUCUUCCAAAGAGGUGUUCAGUGAGUGGGAAAGACGUCAUCGCGAGGAUCUUCGGAGAGCACGCAGCACUUCCUGGAAGGCGCAUUUUGGGGAUUUCAUCUCGAAUCCGGGCGCCGCGAUGGAACUCUAGCGGUGGAGAACUUCCAGCAGAUUUUGCACUGCAACUCACUGACCAUCUCAAGGCAGAGUUUCGUGGGUGAAGGACUCUUUGAUGACCAGGCGCGCCUGGUGACGAACACAAGUGCUCAACCUGGACAAGAGUGAGUGUUUGCGGGGGAAGAGAUGGCUCUCAAUCCGACGGCGAUGGUGAGAGGAAGCGCUUGGAUGAGCGCAGCAGUGAAGUUCAUCGUGAUUCUCAACGUCGUGGUGCAGAUCAAGACUGAUGCUCGUGCUCAAUCCUCGUCCAAAGAACCCAUGUUCAUCAGCAGAUCGGAAACUUUCAAAUUUGUCGCCGGCGAAACAAUUCAGCUGCCGUGCCAAGUAUCAAAUACAGAAAACUACAUUGUGGCCUGGAAGCGAGGGAUUGCCAUUCUGUCUGCCGGCACAGUCAAAGUGACUCCGGACCCACGGGUGCGAUUAGUUAAUGGAUUUUCCUUGCAAAUUAGAGACGCAGUGCCACAAGACGGCGGUGAUUACAUAUGUCAAAUAGCAACUCUCAAUCCAAGGGAAAUUACACACACCGUGGAAAUUCUAGUUCCGCCAAAGAUCAAUCACAUAAGUUCGGGGCCGCACUUGCAGGUGAAGAAGGGCGCUUCCGUGAGAAUCGAGUGCUCAGCGUCGGGAAAUCCCAGUCCAAACAUCACCUGGACCCGAAAGAACAACGUUCUGCCAAAUGGUGAAGAGCGACUUUUCUCACCAAUCUUAUCCAUUGAGAACAUGGACCGACACAAAAGUGGCAUUUAUAUUUGUCAGGCAAGAAAUGGUGUUGGCCAGCCUGCCAGCAGUCAAGUCGCGCUUCAUGUACUGUAUCCACCUGAAAUAAGUGUGGAGACACCAGUUGUGUACUCUGGCGAGGGGGAAGAGGCCAUGCUCGUGUGUAUUGUUCACGGAGAAGCGCAACCAGAGGUCACAUGGUUCAAGGAGACGAUGCAAUUGGACACGACGGAGCGGCACAUCAUGGAGAAUCGGGGCUCACGUCACAUGCUGAUUAUCCGGAAAGUUCACCUGCAGGAUUUCGGCAACUAUUCCUGUGUGGCGGAAAACCCGCUGGGAAAGACGAGACAAACUUUGGCCCUCAGCGGAAAACCCAAUACGGCAAUCUUCCGGUCGGCGCCCAUUAGUCAAUACAAAGACAGGUACAAUAUUUCAUGGACUGUCGACUCGCAUUCGCCGGUGGAGGAGUUCAAAUUGUUUUUCCGGCGAGUGCCGCAGGGGCACGAGAUUGACAACAGCAUAGAACAGUCGCAGCCGCUGCAGCACCAGGGCGUCAUUUACACUCAGCGCGGCUACACGGGACACCACUGGCCGCCGCGCUCCGACUGGCGGGACGUCGUCCUGCCCGCCAUCCCGCUCUCACAUCACUUCACCCAGGGCAUGAGCUACAUGAUCCGCAACCUCGACCCCAAUCAGCACUACGAGGCCAAAGUGCAGGCCAGGAAUCGAUACGGCUGGAGUGACUUGUCGGAGAGUUUUGAGUUCAGCACUUCAAUGAACGAUUCCGAAAUGAGGGACAUGGGCGUCACAUUCUACAGCCGUGGGUCACGAUCUUCACUCCAACACGGUCGAUAUUUUCAGACAUUUAUGCAAAUCUCCAUAUUUUUUAUAUACCUUUAUAUGUAAGAAGAUAAACUUGAAGAAAAUCUCCUGAAAAUCAGCAAGAGAAAAUUUUCAAUCAAUAUAGAGAUAAAAAGAUGAAAGUCCAUUCACUCAAAUCCUCUUUCGCCCCCCCCUCAAAUUGAUCUCACCCCAAAGUGAUUUUGCAGAGGGGUGAGAAAAAUGACGUAGAAUCUGUCUCUGUAGACAAAACCAUUUGUAAAUAAGUAAAUAGAUGAUAAAAUAUUUAAUUUCUCCUCACAAUUCACUGGAUGGAAAACCACAGACUUCACCAAGGCAUAUAAGAUUCAAUG